GCAGUGGCGAAUCCAAACUGAUUUCUCAUUGGGUGCACACAGUGUAAAUUUACCAGUGACAAUAUGUGCAUAUAUGAAAUUAGGCUGAGAAACACACUAAUUUUUGAAAAUAUUAUGGGUGGUGCAUGUGCACACCUCUGAUCUCCUUACUAUCGCCCCUGUAUAUAUGUGCAGGGGUGAAUCUAAAUGAUUUUUUAGUAGUGCGCAAAUCGUAAGAGAAAUGAUAAUAGGGAAAAUGAGAAUAUGAUUAUGGGAUAAUAGGGAGGUAGAAUGAGAUUUGUGUUAUCUUAUUUAGAAAAUAUGGAUAAAACGGUGGUAUUAAAUAUUGAUAUCAUAACUUGACUGGGCGUGUGUAUACUCCCAUAUCUAACAUGUUAGAUUUGCUCCUGUAGUUAUUUAUGUGUGAGUGUGUAUGAGUUGGAUAGAAACAAAAGAAAAACAGUAUAGCCGAGUUUCAAAAUUUUAAACGUAUUCUCUCUAGCUUUUUUUUUUUUUGUUCAAACGUAUUCUCUCUAGCUACUCUUCAAUUUCUAGUAACUAAAAUGAAAUUUUAAAAAAAUCUUGAUAUAUAAGCUACUAACCUGACAAUUUCCAACACAUGAGUUUAGACUCGAAUACUUCAGUAGCACUAAAAUGAUGCCAUCUAACAUGAACAUCGUUCUUUUUUUGCUAAAAAUUAUUAGUAUAAUUUUGCUUAAAACUCAAAGGUACGUUACUUUUAUAAUACAACCAAUCGAAAAUAAUAAUGAUAAUACAACCAAUGGUAAUAGUAUUGAAUGUCAAAAUUUGACUGAAUGCAUGUACCACAAAUCUAACAUGCUAGUAUAUAUAUAUGACCGUGUAUAUGAGUUGUAGAUAAAACAAAAGAAACAAUAUUGAUGAAAGUUUCUAAAUUUUAAACUCUCUAACUUUAUAAAUUUUUAGUAACCAAAAUGUAACAAAAAUCUUGAUUAUGCAAGCUAAUUUAACAAUUUCCAAAUGUUAUGACACAUUGGAUUUGGACUCGAAUACACCAGUAGUAUCGGCCCUAAUCUAAAACUGGGGAAACACCAGCUUUAGACGCCAAAUUAACCUAUAUAUUUAUGGGCAUAAAAAAUCUUAAAACAUGCAUGUAUCCUAGUGGUUUCUUAGUUCGAAGCACAGGAGGCACCGAUUUUGCUUUAAUAAUCUAAACUGGACCGGGUCUUGGUAACACGACACCAUCCAAAUAUUGAAUAUCAAAAUUUGAGUGGGUUGCAUGCAGGGGAGGAUCCACCUUUUGAAAAGGUGUGGCAAGUGCCACAUACUAAAUUAUAAAAAGCUCCGGUAAAAAUACAUACAAACGUUGUCAGCUCUAAUGGUUUGAAUGACUCAAGAAUGCUCCAUGCAACCCAGCUCUAAUGGUUUGAAUGACUUAAGAGUGCUCCAUGCAAACCAUGUUCGAAUCUCUUGAACUCCUUUUUCUUCAAAUUUUUGUACAUUUUAUUUUAUUUUAGUCACAUUUUUAUAAAAUAAGUCUUCCUUUCUCCUUUGUUUUUUCUUUUUGCUAUCUAAUGAAAAAUAUUUGUUUUCUUCCUUUACUUUAAUAUUAGUUUUACCUUUUCAACAAUAUAAAUUAUUUUAUUUAAGUUUUAAUUUAAAAAUUAUUUUUAUCAAUUUUCUUUUUAAUAAUUAUAUUAAAAUAACUAAUAAAAAGUAUUUAACAUAACAAAUAUGUACAUGUUUACCUUAUAAUUGACUCAAAUUUUUUAAAGUAUUUUUUUUUUAAAUAUUCUUUAAAAUUAUAAUUUAAAGAAUAAUUCAGUCUAUUAAUAUAUAAUUAAAGUUUAAAUAAAUAUAUAUUAUAAAUUUUUAUAAAUAAAUAAAUAUAUAUUGUGUCUCAUAUUAAAUUAUUUUCUAGAUCCGCUCAUGUUCCCAUGCAUAUUGAUAGAUUGUUGUGCACACAGAAAAAAAGAUUUGCUCAUGAAUGUGUGUUACAAGUUGUAGAUUAAGAAAAAGAAAAAGAAAAAACAAACAAAUUGUAGAAGAUCGAAAUUUUUAACUUGUUCUCACUACUCUUAAACAUCUACUAACCAAAAUGUAAAAGAAACUUUGAUUUUACUAUGUUUGACACAUUGGAUUUAGACUUGAAUACUUCAGUAGCAUUGAAACGAUAUCAUCUAACAUGAACACUCCUUUUUUGCUAAAAAGUAUAUGCUUAAAAUUCUAUAAGUCAAAUGCACGUCACAAAUGUCAUACAACCAAUGGUAUAUAACUUGUGGUUUGUUUUUUUAUUCGAUUUACAGCUAAUUGCACCUUGGAAAAUAUGAAUUAAUUCCCUUUUUAGGAAUCACAAGAAUAUAAUGGAAUACAACAAAAUAAGACAUAUUUUGGAAAAUAACAAGAAUGAUUAGUUACUAUAUGCAUAAAUAUUUAUUCUAAGCAUAGACCAGUGGAAAGAAAUAAAUUUGUUAAUAAGAAACAUUUUUUUGUUGAAAUGACUAUAAUAAGCAUAUUACAGUAAAGAAGAGUGUAUCUUGUAAAAAGAAGAAAAGUGAUUUACCAUCUAUAACCCUAGGGAAGAGAAGACCAACCCUCUCUCUUUAUUCUUAUAUAUAUAUUUUCUUUUCUUUGCCUUGAUUUUCAUCCUUUUAUGUAGGUGGAGAUGGAGUUAGCAACCACCGAAAUGUCUAGAGGAAGCAACAGUUGUGACAAUAAGAAAACCGAAGGUCAUCGGAAAGGUCUCUGGAAACCUUUCGAAGACGACAAGCUCAAGCAACUCGUGGAACAAUAUGGUCCCCAUAACUGGAACAACAUUGGUCAACUUUUGUCUGGAAGAACAGGGCAAAGCUGUAGACAGAGAUGGUGCAAUCAACUUGCUCCAAACAUCAACAAGGGACCUUUCACUAAGGAGGAAGAAGAGAGGCUUUUGGAAGCUCAUCGGAUCCAUGGCAGUCGUUGGGCCUACAUAGCGAAGCUGUUCCCCGGGAGGACUGAUAACGCUCUCAAGAACCAUUACCGUGUCACCAUGAAGAGACGCAAACGUAUAGGCUUAUCUUCAACGCCCACUUCUCCGUUCAACCAAAUUCGGAGCCCUAUCUUUCCUCUUCCAAGGCUAAGUGAUAACCUAUACCCGUUUCAGAGGUAUCAGAUGCACAACAGUCGCGGUCCCUGGCCUUACACUUCUGCUUCAGCGCCUACGAGUGAUCAAUUUGGAUCUUCAUGGAUCUCGAAUGCACAACAAGAAACUGAUCUUUAUAGGAGAAAGUCGAACGAGUUGGUGGAUCAUCAGGCAGCUACACCAGAUCAUGAGAAGAACUCAUCAGGAGAAGAUGGAACAUCCAUGAUAGAUCAUGGUGAAAAGAGAGAUGUUCCUUUCUUUGAUUUUCUUGGAGUUGGAUUAGAUUCUUAGAUAUAAUAAUCACAACUCAGUGACUGUAAGCGUAUCUAUCAUUAGGGUUAUGUAUUAUAUUCCGCAUUUUGCUUCCUGAAAACCUUUUAUGGAUCUUCUAUCAAUCUCAUGUUUUCUAUCCAUUCAUAUAUAUAUUAUUUAAGUGUAUACAUAUAUGUAUCUAUGUAUUUGUAUCACAUGCACUUGAAUUGGUACAUACGAAUACAUAUAUGUGUCCGCGUCUUUAUCGUCAGUUUGAUACAUGGUCUGAUGUUUCGUACAGACACAUGUAACAAAUCUGUACUUUUGAUUUAUAUGGCGUCCUGAUUGAUACACAAGGAGAUGCAAGUCUACUAAGUGUAGAUGAUAGAUAAUCAUUGUGUAAUCAUAACCAAAUUUGGUGUUAUU